CGCCCGCCGCCCAGACGCCUGUGCCGCGGAGUUUGUGUCCCGGCUCGGACCCCGGCGCCCAGCCCGGAGCCGUAACCUUGAGGCGGCGGCGGCGGGGCCGGGCCGGGCCGGGCCGGGGGGCGGCGGUGCUGGAUCCGCGGCUGCCUGAUCGUUGGCGGGAGAUGUCGAACCCUGGGACGCGCAGGAACGGCUCCAGCAUCAAGAUCCGUCUGACAGUAUUAUGUGCCAAGAACCUUGCCAAAAAAGACUUCUUCAGACUCCCUGACCCCUUUGCAAAGAUUGUUGUGGAUGGGUCUGGGCAGUGCCACUCAACCGACACUGUGAAAAACACGCUGGACCCAAAGUGGAACCAACACUAUGAUCUAUAUGUUGGGAAAACUGAUUCUAUAACCAUCAGCGUGUGGAACCACAAGAAAAUUCACAAGAAACAGGGAGCUGGCUUCCUGGGCUGUGUGCGGCUGCUCUCCAAUGCCAUCAGCAGAUUAAAAGAUACUGGAUACCAGCGUUUGGAUCUAUGCAAACUAAAUCCCUCAGAUACUGAUGCAGUUCGUGGCCAAAUAGUGGUCAGUUUACAGACACGAGACAGAAUAGGCACUGGAGGGUCUGUGGUAGACUGCAGAGGACUGUUAGAAAAUGAAGGAACGGUGUAUGAAGACUCGGGGCCUGGAAGGCCCCUCAGCUGCUUCAUGGAGGAACCCGCCCCUUACACAGAUAGUACUGGUGCUGCUGCUGGUGGAGGCAACUGCAGGUUUGUGGAAUCCCCAAGUCAGGAUCAAAGAAUUCAGGCGCAGCGACUUCGAAAUCCUGAGGUCCGCGGUUCACUACAGACGCCUCAGAACCGACCCCAUGGCCACCAGUCGCCGGAGCUGCCUGAAGGCUAUGAACAAAGAACAACAGUACAGGGGCAAGUUUACUUUUUGCACACACAGACGGGAGUUAGCACGUGGCAUGACCCCAGGAUACCAAGAGACCUUAACAGUGUGAAUUGUGAUGAACUUGGACCACUGCCACCAGGUUGGGAAGUCAGAAGUACAGUUUCUGGGAGAAUAUAUUUUGUAGAUCAUAAUAACCGAACAACCCAGUUUACAGACCCAAGGUUACACCACAUCAUGAAUCACCAGUGCCAACUAAAGGAACCCAGCCAGCCGCUGCCGGUGCCCAGCGAAGCCUCUGUGGAAGACGAGGAGCUUCCUGCCCAGAGAUAUGAACGAGAUUUAGUCCAGAAACUAAAAGUGCUCAGACACGAACUGUCACUUCAGCAACCCCAAGCUGGUCAUUGCCGCAUCGAAGUAUCCAGAGAAGAAAUAUUUGAGGAGUCUUAUCGCCAGAUAAUGAAGAUGCGACCUAAAGACUUGAAAAAACGACUAAUGGUGAAAUUCCGUGGAGAGGAGGGUUUGGAUUAUGGUGGCGUGGCGAGGGAGUGGCUUUAUUUAUUGUGCCAUGAAAUGCUGAAUCCAUAUUAUGGACUAUUCCAGUAUUCUACGGAUAAUAUUUACAUGUUACAAAUCAACCCAGAUUCUUCAAUUAACCCUGACCAUUUGUCUUAUUUCCACUUCGUGGGUCGGAUCAUGGGCCUGGCUGUGUUCCACGGACACUACAUAAAUGGGGGGUUCACAGUCCCCUUCUAUAAGCAGCUGCUGGGGAAACCCAUCCAGCUCUCCGAUUUGGAAUCAGUGGACCCAGAACUACAUAAGAGCUUAGUGUGGAUUCUAGAGAACGACAUCACCCCCGUGCUGGACCACACUUUUUGCGUUGAGCACAAUGCUUUCGGGCGGAUUCUUCAGCACGAACUGAAACCCAAUGGCAGAAAUGUGCCUGUCACAGAGGAGAACAAGAAAGAAUAUGUGCGGUUGUAUGUAAAUUGGAGGUUUAUGAGAGGAAUUGAAGCCCAGUUCUUAGCUCUUCAGAAAGGGUUCAAUGAACUCAUUCCUCAACACUUACUGAAGCCUUUUGACCAGAAGGAACUGGAGCUGAUAAUAGGUGGCCUGGAUAAAAUAGACUUGAAUGACUGGAAGUCAAAUACUCGGCUGAAACACUGUGUGGCCGACAGCAACAUCGUCAGGUGGUUCUGGCAAGCAGUAGAGACCUUUGAUGAAGAAAGGAGGGCCAGGCUGCUGCAGUUUGUGACUGGAUCAACUCGAGUUCCUCUCCAAGGCUUCAAGGCUUUGCAAGGUUCUACAGGCGCAGCAGGGCCCCGGCUCUUCACCAUCCACCUAAUAGAUGCCAACACAGACAACCUGCCAAAGGCCCAUACGUGCUUUAAUCGGAUCGACAUUCCACCUUAUGAGUCCUACGAGAAGCUCUACGAGAAGCUGCUGACAGCAGUAGAGGAGACUUGUGGGUUUGCUGUGGAGUGAAGAGCAACCAAAGGCAACCGAUUCUAGCUCACGACCACCAGACCAAAAGCAUAUAGCUUCUGUGCGCCUCCCGCAGAACUGCCUGAGGCCCUGGGGUUCCAGAUAACCUGAGGGAAAAGGGUUGUCUCCCUCCCUUUCAUGGAGGCAGGGAGGGGGGCAGGGACCUUUGUUGGUGGCUCCCACCCAUAAAUCCCUCCUUUAUCAUAGUACUCCCAUCCCCUUCCAUCACCCAUCCAAUCAGAUGCAGCCAGGUUUAGGCCUUGGCCUCGGUCACACAGGAUACCCUGCUGUGGUGGCAGCAUACUUGGAGAUAAGGCUCACUGCCCUGUGCUCUCGAUAGGAGCAGCAGCCACAGUUCAGGACUGAGCUCGGCUCACUGAGGGGCUGGAACUGGUAGCUGUACCAGCUGUUCCCUCUCAAAACAGCCUGGAGGCUCCUUUUCAAGUUCAGAAGCUGCCGGAUAUCUCACCAGAGCUCAAACCCCAAAUUUUACAUCCUAGCAGCCUGUUCUAGGUAGCAGAUUAAUUUCUAACUGAAAAAUAACUGUAUACUAUUUU